GAGGAUGAGUAAGGUUACAGUGUUCAGUUUAUCAUAGGAGUUUGACUGGGAGGCACCGAUGGCAACAUUGUCAUCAUGAUGAAGCUUUGGGAGAGUUUAACGGUUAUACUUGUCGUCAUCGACGUCCUAUCUACGGCAAGGGGUGCUAACAUUGUCGUAACACUACUCAUACCGGCGCCAAGUAGCCAUGUAAAUGGUUUAUCAGCCAUAGCAGGAGCCCUAACUAGACGCGGCCACAAUGUCACCAUCGUCACAAGUUCCUCUGAAGGAACAAAAGGGUUCCAGGCAGACACCUACAACAGGUCCAUCCAGUACAAGUUCGAGUAUCCUCAAGAACUGCCACCGAUGGAGGAACUUGACAGAGAGUUUCUUGAUCUUGCGUUUGAGUCAAGCCUGACGAAACAAGCUGAAGUGAUUGGGAUGAUUUUCACUGUGCUGCGGCAUGGUUGUCGGUGUCUCUUUGAAGACUCUGCGACGUUGGCUCUGCUCAAGGAAUCUAACUUCGACAUCCUCAUCGGGGAUGCCUUUGACGGAUGUGAUGCGAUGCUAAGUAGUUACCUAGGAAUACCCAACAUUGCGGUGACGACCGCAGAGAGAUAUCCUUUAUUCAACGAACGCGUGUAUGGUAUCCCCUUCCCGUCAUCAUACGUGCCCUUUGGUAUUCUUCCUCUGUCAAACAGGAUGUCCUUUGCCGAGCGCAUAGCCAGCUUCUUUGAACACCACAUUGUUGUAAAUGUAAUAGGAUGGACCCAUUUCAGAGCUUUGGACCCGGUUAAAAUCAAACAUGGUAUCGCUCCGGGACAAAGCAUUCCUGAUCUUCAAGCUCGGGCGGAGUUGUGGCUGUGCAUGACGAAUCCUGCCUUUGAUUUUGCUCACCCUAUCGCCCCCAACUGGGUGGCCAUUGGGAAUAUUGGAGACACCCCUGCCAAGCCACUACACGAGGAUUAUGAAAACUUCAUUCAGGGAUCAGGUGAACAUGGUUUCAUUGUUUUCUCACUGGGUUCUCAUUUUUCGGAGUUUCCUAAACCAGAGAUGGCCGAAGCCUUUGCGAGAGUAUUCAGUGAGCUCCCACAGAGAGUCAUCUGGCGGUAUACAGGGACACGCCCUCGUUACCUUGGUAACAACACCAUGCUGGUAAACUGGAUGCCACAAAAUGACCUUGUCGGUCACUCUAAAGCCCGAUUGCUUAUAUACCAUGGUGGUGUUAAGGGGGUCCUGGAAGCCAUCUACCAUGCCGUCCCCAUGGUCGUCAUGCCGAUCUUUGCUGAGCAGGAAUCGAACGCUGUCAAGGUCGAGGUCAGAGGGAUGGGAAGACGGCUUCAGAAGGACUCAAUAUCUUAUCAGACAGUCAAAAUGGCGGUGACUGAAGUGCUAAUAAAUCCAAGCUACAGAGCAAAUGUCACGCGAAUAUCAAGAAUCUACAGAGAUAUCCAGUUCAAACCGGAUGAUGUUGUUGUCUACUGGGUCGAACACAUCCUCAAAUUUGGAGGGUCACACUUGAGAUCUAAAGCCUUGGAGCUCAGCUUCAUCCAGCUUCAUUCGAUCGACGUUCUCGCUUUCAUCGUCGGGAUCUUAGCUAAACUCGACAACUUUCUCAUGAUGAAGCUCUUCUUGGUUUCACUUUCUCUAUUUAUCAUCAUCGGUGCCGUUCCUGCGGCUAUGGGAGCUAAGAUCCUCGUAACCGUUACCAUGCCCAUGGCCGGUAGCCAUGCCAAAGCUUUGAGCGCCAUUGCAGGGGCGCUGCAACGACGUGGCCAUGACAUCACCAUCCUCACCAGUAAUUUUGUCGGAACGAAAGGGUUCCAGAAGGAUGAAUACAGCAGGUCCGUCCAGUACAACUACGAGUUACCUCCUGACUUAAUGCUACCAACGGAGGAACCUGAAAAAUAUUUCUCAGAUCUUGCGUUUGAAGCUGAUUUGAAACAGAAACUGAAAGUCUUUGGGAUAAUUUUCCAUUUGAUGCGAUCUGGCUGUGUGAGUCUUUUCGAGGACUCUGCGACGCUCGCUAAGCUGAAGGAAGCCGACUUUGAUAUCCUCAUCGGGGAUGCCUUUGACGGAUGUGAAGCGAUGCUCAGUAGUUACCUGGGGAUACCGCACAUUGCGGUAACGACUGGGACGAAAUAUCCGCUAUUUCACGAACACACCUUUGGUAUCCCAGCCCCGUCAUCAUACGUUCCCUUCGAUUUGUUUCCAUUUACUGACAAGAUGUCCUUCCUCGAGCGUGUUGCAAGCUUCUUCGAGCAUCACUUCAUCGGGAAAUUAUUUGCAUGGCCCCACUUUAGUGCCUUGAACAAGGUGAAAGACAAGCAUGGUAUCGCACCGGGUAAAAGCAUUCCGGAGCUACAGGCUGCAGCAAAGCUGUGGUUUGGCAUGACGAGCUCCGCCUUUAAUUUUCCUCGACCUACAGUUCCUAAUUAUGUAGGACUAGGAGGUCUGACAGACGCCCCCGCAAAGAAUCUACCAAAAGAAUACGCAGAAUUCGUUGAAGGAUCGGGAGAACACGGUUUCAUCUUGUUUUCAUUGGGUACACAUUUCAGUGAGUUUCCUAACCCAGAAACGGCAGAGGCCUUUGCGAGAGUCUUCAGUGAGCUUCCACAGAGAGUCAUCUGGCGGUAUACCGGGCCACGCCCUCGUUCCCUUGGUAACAACACCAUGUUGGUAGACUGGAUGCCACAAAAUGACCUACUAGGUCACCCAAAAGCCCGACUGCUCAUCUACCACGGCGGUCUAGCUGGCGUCUACGAAGCCAUCAACCACGCCGUCCCUAUGGUCAUCAUGCCAAUCUUCGCCGAACAACCGAACAACGGCGCCAGGGUCAAGGCUAAAGGCAUGGGCACACUUCUCGAGAAGGACUCCAUCACGUACGAGACCGUGAAGGAAGCGGUCGUCGAUGUCCUCGAAAAUCCGAGCUGCUUAGAGAAUGUCAAACGGUAUUCGGCUAUCUAUAAGGAUAGACAGAGUGAGCCGGAAGAAACGGUGGUCUUCUGGGUGGAACACAUCCUCAAAUUUGGAGGGUCACACCUUAGAACUAGAGCCUUGGAACUCAGCUUCAUCCAGCUUCAUUCGAUCGACGUUCUCGCUUUCAUCCUCGGGAUCGCACUCGUCAUCGUUUUACUUCUCUAUUCAUGUUGUAAGCGAUGUUUCCAAUGUUGUCUAAAAAGCAAGAAAACCAAAGUAGAAUAAAUUUUUUUCUUCUUCAUUUUACAAGUCUAAAUAACCACUGAAAUAUGU